CGGAUGUUGAAAACAAACCCGGGUAACUGCGUUUUACCUGACACGAGCGGAACAUUGAUUUAUUAAACUGACUCACUUGAACCCCAUCCGUGCUUGGAUAACGCAUGAUUUAAACAACUAGAAAAGCGGCGCUUACGGAAUAUGGAAUUAUCUGGCAUUAUCAAGAAAAUGGGCCACAUUUUAAUGGAGAUACGAGUGAGAGCAUUGAAGAGCAUUAUCUCCAAGCUGAAGCACUCUCUGAUUUCCAUUGCUGAUAUUGUUCAAGAGAAGAUGCUGUUUGUGUAUCUCCUGGAAUGGUUCAAUUUCCCAGAGGUGCCAAUGCAAGAGGAAGUCCUAAAUUUACUUUUUACUUUAUCAAAGCAUCCAAGUGCAGCCCAAAUGCUGAGAGAUGUAAAUGCGGAGGAUUUCCUCUCCCAACUGUCUGCUAAUGUGGAACCAAGACUUCGAACUGUCAUCGAUGCAAUCCUGGACCAGCUGUUCCAUCUACCUGAGAUCAGCCCCUGUCGCACCACGGUCUGCACACCUGGACUCCACAUUACACCUACAACAGAUUUACCAUCCGAUGAGCAUCAUCCUAAUAUUGGGUAUUUCCAGAAGCAAUUGCCGAACAAUGCGGAUGUACCUCCUCUGAAGAUUGCAGUGCACGAGUCUGUGCAGUGCUUGAAGUUCUCUGUGUUUCCAUGGCUGUCUUUGACAAACACUGACAGACACAUUCUGUCUUCCAAUGAAAGUUCUUUAAGGAGCAGUAACCCCAACUUGGUCCGGGCCACGUGUGAGCUACUGUGCGAUGUUAUCAUGCAGGACUUUCCUGCUGAGAUCUUUCUCCAGAGGCCUAAUAUUGCAAAGAGUCUUCUGUCCCUUCUGAGGCUGAGGUCGGAUAAAGGUAAGGCAUGUUACCUACACUUGCAGGCGCUCUCCUGCCUGAGGCAGCUUUGCACGGGGCUGAGGCAGAGGCUGCGCUUUCAUCGAGAUCCGAGCUUCCACUCUGCCAAGCAAGGAGGUGCUGCCAGUACUGUGUCCCAGAAUUCCUCCUACUCUCAGGAAGCACAGACGACCCAGCGUUCACAGGCUUCUUCCCCAGCAGCGGAGUGCUCUCCUCGGCCAUCUGUUGUUGGUGGAACAGGUCAGAGAGUGAGGGGUGAUGGCCAAGAUGGAGAUGCUGGUUCCAAUAGUGGCAGCUCACAUGGAAGUGCAGCUGGAGCUCAUCCAGCCAGACAGACGCCUCCUGCAGAUGUAGGCCUCUUGUUGCUGCCUGACCUGGGAGUGGAAGAUGACCCAGAGAUGGGGUUGCAGCAGCUCACUUUACCUCAAUUUACUGUUAUGACCCUGGAGCAUGUAAUACCGCUGCUUAAGACGGAUGCUUCACGUGUGUUCUGUUGUGUUCUGGAGCUGCUGUUUGACACCGUCCUCCUGCUUGGUGAAAGCAUCUGUGAACUUGUCUGGGACGAUCACAGCCUGGUGGGGAUGGAGCUGAAGCAGAAGCUGCAAACAUGCAUGAACCUACUAGCAGAUGUACUGAGUUACCACCAGAACAAUAGCAGCAGUCCUCAAGUCCACCACAGAGUUGCAUACACAGGCUCUGCUGUAUUCACCAUUAAGUACCUGCAGACCAUACUUCCUCUUGAAAAGGCGAGUGGGAAUGUCCCAGAGAGUACAGUAACAGCUAUUUUUCACAUGUGCCUGGACAAGUCAUUUGGAAUGGCACUACCCAGCAUGCAAGAAACUGCAGUGGCCUAUGUGGAGCAGUUGAACUCUGACAGCCAUGAGCUGUACAGUCGAGUGAACCGAACUGCUUUGUGGUUGGAAUCCACUUGCUGCUUCCUCAAGGAGGCAAAGAAUGAGGGAGAGAAGAACUGGCCAGAUCUACUGGAGCUGGCAGACCAGGCAAUAGAUGGGCUUCCAUUUCACGAACACUUACCGGUCAUCAAGGAAUGUGUUCAUUUCUGCUCCUACUUGUGGAAGUUUGAUCAGCCUAGUCCAGUCCUCCAGACGGAGAGUCAGAAAAUCCUCCUCAAGCUGCUGUCACAUCCAUUGCUGCCCGUCAAGAUAGAAACCUACACGUGCACAUUAACUGUGGUCAAGGAAUGCCUAGGCAUCCAGAAUGUGUCGAAACAAGAGUCGGGAAUCUGCGGCGGAGUCAACUUCCUCCUACACCACAAGGUGCUGUAUGAAAUAACCGCCUUUGGCCUCCAGGAUUCUGCGGAGAAGGUGAAUGUCGCUGCCAAGGAUAUCCUGCUGUUCCUGCUCAAGGGACGAUUGAUGAUGACAACAUCAACCUGGGACAGAUUUAUUGCAGCACUUUCCCGGGUCAUCGCUGUAUUACAGGGUUAUGCCAGCACUGAGGAGUCACUGGGAAACUGUGUCUUGCUGCUGAGUGACAUGUCGGAGGUGGCGAGAGACGACACGUUUCCAAGCACAGCCAAGUUAAAAGCAGCUCUCAGACUUCUUUUCACUAGACAGCCCACGGUGAGAAUAGCAGCAGUUGAACACAUUAUGGCCCACCUAACUGGAGCACACGAUGCUAAAACAACUAGACCACAGCUGCACCAGUCAGUGACCUCCUCGCUUCCCAAUCUCUAUUGCAUCAGACAUCUUGUGGACGUCACUCUUGACACCAAAAGCAAGUCUGUUUUGAAGGUGGAGGCGGUGGAGAAGCUCUUUUGCAUGUUGUCCUCGGACACUAUUGACUUGGCUCUGAGAAGAUCUGCUGCCGAGCAGCUGUCUGUGGUUCUGCAGGACACAACAAUGCAUCCAGUUCUGAAGAAUCUCGGAAUAACUGAUAGAGCCAUUUCUUUCCUUAUUGACAGUGUCAAUGGUAACAAGAGCUUGGACUGCAUGCUGGAGCCGUGUGUGUGUAUCCUGAGAAAACUAGUGUAUGCUGAUCCACCUCUGAGGACUAGCUUGGCGCAGCGCAGCCUCCUACUCAUCACUCUGCUCCGAGCAUCCCUAAUCAUGAAGGCAAACAAUAAGAACAGGAACGAGGCUGCUGUCCUAAUGAGUUUGCUGCUCUUUGAUGAAAUAAGCAGCAUGGAAAUAUGGUCAGACAAAUCACGAAAUGAUGGAAGUCUCCCAACAUUCUCUCUUCCACUGUCAGUAGUGCGCAGAUACAACAUGCCAUUCCAAGCUGUCAGUCAUCAUGCUGUCAGCCCAUACUGUUGUACCCUGAUACCCAUCUCUGAUCUACUGGUCUUGGCCCCUGCUCGUCAAGCCCUGCAGGUGGCCUGGAACGUUGCAUGGCACAAUGGUGUGGACAACCUGCUUGAGGAUUGCAAUGGCUCGACCAACAACAAUGAAUUCCAUGUUGACUUGAAGCUUUCUGAAGCUCAGAUUGCGUCAUUGCGAAUAACGCACCUUCCCACUGCCCUGAAAGACUGCGUCCAGGCUGUGGUCUCAGCGGCGGGACACAGUUCAGUCAUUGCGGCUCUCUCCAGGCUCAACAUCCAUUUGAUGAUCGAGAGACUGUCCAUCCCUUCCGCAGCCACCUACAGAUGUAGAGAAAUCCUACACUCGCUCGCCUGGCAGGCUGCCGUGACCAGGUUUCUCCAGGUUCAUCCAGCCUCUGUGGAGGAUGAGAGGCUGCUGUCGUACGUCAUUGCAUUUCUGAACGCAUACUUCAAACAUGCGUGCACAUACUGGUCAGACCCGGAGGACAAAGACCUGCGCUGGAUGUUAGAGCUGCUUCUCAAUGAGGACGCUGUCUUUAAUUUGCUCCCUGGUGUGGAGACUGCAAACCCCGGCCAACACCCAGACGAGUCACAGGAAGUGAAGAACCAUGUUCGCCAGAAAUUACAGCGAGAGCUCACUAGCCUUUUUAAAAUCUUGCUUUGUCACUUGACACAUACUUCAGACAGGCUAUGUUUGGCACUAGCCGGCCCUUUCAAGGGCCAGCUGGCACUCCGCUUCCUUCAGAGCCUCCGGGUGUCUGAUGCGCCGCACUUCUACGGCCUCCCCAGCCUGGAGAGGACUCUGCAGGGCAUCGUCAGCCUGACUGCCCAGUCUGGCUGGAGCUUGCACUGCCUUGACCUUUCGCCCACCUCCCUCUGCGCCAAGUAUCUCAGUGGCCUGCUAGAGGUUAUCUCCUCAUUUUAUGUGAAGUGGGGGGGCAACUCCAUGUCAUUUAUGGGGAAAGGCGUUACCAAGAAUGCUGUCAUCUGCCUGCUUCACUUGUCUCAUGAGAUGAUGGCCGAAAGUAAGGAAAAGGACAUCAUUUCCAUGUGGUCUUUGGGGAACGAGAACACCGCUGAGGAAUCAAACACUUCUCAGCUGGGUUUGGCCUGGCUUAUCCCACUCUGGGUGGACAGGGAUCAAGAGGUUAGAUUUGCCAGUUUGGGUUUAGGUGCCGCUCUGUCGUCGGUUGAGAGCGGGUGCCAGGCCCUGUGUGCCAGCUGCCAGAACAUCAGCGGAGGCCUGUGGGGAACAUUGCUCAACAUUCUACUUGAUCAGCACGAGAGCAGCAUGGUCCGGAGAGAGGCUGCCUUUAUCCUGCAGAACCUGCUGGUGAUGCCCAUGCCUGCCAAUACAGAAGAGGCCGAGGACUCCCACUGGCAGCAACCUUGUGUCCACAACGAGGUGUCUGGUGUGUCUUUAGUUGGUCUUCCUGCGCUCCAGGCUCUGCUUUACCACUUUCAGUAUUUCCAGCACAUUGCUCUGUCCGCCUCUGCCUGUUACAGAGGCAGGUACACUUUUUAUCUUCAAAAACCUCUUUUGGGGGCUCCCAGUCGACUUGGACCUCAAGACAGUGCUUCAGUUGUUUCAGAUAAUUCCCUGCAGUUUUGGAGAAGUGCUACAGCAGCAGCAGCUGGAGAUUCCAGCAGACCUCCUAGCUCCUUGUCUACGUCAUGCACCACGUUAAGACAUUCAGGGUCUGAGACCUCCAGGGCUGUGACCCCCAUGAGCUUCACAGGAGAUGCUCCUGUUAACAGGUUAACGGCACAAGGUCAAAGCGACAUUGACACCAGCGACUCAGUUGUUUCCCAAGACCACCAACCAGGCCAGGCCUUGUCCACGCAGCCUGUCAUCAUGGUUACUCCUGACCUUUUUGUGGCCCAUUGUGGCCUGCUGAUGAACUUGCUGGCCAUCUUGCCAGAUUUUACCCUGACGGCCAUUCAACAGAAUCAGCUCUUGCAAGUGUUGGCAGGUUUAGUAGAUAUUGGGCCAAUUGAAAAAUGCUUCAGUGAACUGAAGGCACCAAACAUCCUUCCUGGAGAGGGCGAAGACAUCAAGAGUCAGCUCAUCAUGCUUCUUCACUUCCUGUCCGGCUUUUCCAAGUUGCUGCAGUCCUGCGUCUCGCUGAGCCAAGAGCUGAUUAGACAGUUGGACUUCCUGAAACAGUUGUUGUCCACCCUAGUGGCGGCGCUCACCCUGAACACCGUCGGAUUAGAUCAAAGUACGCGGGACACCGUCCUUGCAUGCUGGUCAGAUGUGUUUACACUCAUGGCUACUCUGGUGAAGAGGGACAGUUUUAUGGUCUACCCAUCUGUUUCUGCUGCACUGGGGAGACGCUGGCAGAUGUUCACAGAAACUCUUUCAUUGUGUGUACUUGAGAAGUUUGUGGACCCUCAUCUGCAGAAAGCAGCUUUGCAGUUCCUUUCGACCAUUUUUGCAGAAGAGACAAAAAGGCGCGAGGAAGUCGUCACGACUUUAAACCCAGACCGCGUUGCCACUUUAGCCGAUGUGCUGGGCGGUCCAUCAGCCAGCCAGCUUUGCGAUCUUUUGCUGCAAAGUUUUGAAAGGAGGACUCUUCAGGAUCCACUUAAAAAUUCAACAGCCAGAGCUUUGAUGGCUCUCCUGGCCUGCAGCACAGCUGCACAGGACCAUGCUGCGAAAGCCGGCUUAAUUGACUGCUGUGUGGAUCAGAUGAAGCAGAUUCACUCGCAGCUCAGCCUCGAGUCAAUCCAAAGCGGCAAGCCUUCCUAUCGCAAAAAGGAAGAGGGCUACUUCAAGGAGGUCAAGCUGAUGGUGGAAAUCCUGCGGAGUACUUUUUACCACAACCGGGAAAACAAAAUUUUAGCCAAAGAUGCAUGCCUCACAAUGGUGCUGCAUGCACUUUGGCCUUGGUUUCUAAUGGACGACCCCCUCCUGGAGGCGGUACUGGAGCUCCUCUGUGUCUACACGGCCGACUGCCCUACAGCAUGCAGUUCGAUAUGUGGUGGAGGGGCCGGUGUUGCACCAGGACCAAAAGGUACCACUAGUGGCUUACUAAUCCAGUCCAUUUUGAGGUUGGUUUCUGGCAUCGCCCCUGACAACAGCCCCACCCAGAAGCUUUCCUUCUCCCUGCUGGCCAACUUGGUCAUGUCUCGUGACUGCAGGUGCGUCCUGCAGAAGACCAACUUCUUGCAAGCUUUCACGUCAGUGCCCAUGCCCAAGGUGGGCGGCGCCAGGGGCACAGGCGUCGGCAGCGGCUCGGGCGGCCUGAUGGGUCUGUGGCUCAGGCUGCUGGUCAAUCUGUCGUUUUCAGAUGACGGCCAGCAAAGUAUUCUCAGGGCGAGUGGAGCGCUGGAAGUGCUGGUCGAUCUGGCGCCGCAUCGACGUCCCGCUCUGCUUACCCUUCACAACCUUUGCUUUUGUCCUGCCAACAAGCCACACGUCAUGGCCAAUGACAAAGCUCUAACAGUCCUGUUCUGCUGUCUGGAAAGUAAAGAGAUGGAGAUGUGCUGCAUCGGAGCAUCUGCACUUUGGGCGUUGCUCCAUAAUAACCAACGGGCCAAGAUUUCUCUGAAAUGUCCUUCAGUUCGAUUGCGGAUUGAGGAAGCCCACCGCAUGUCUAAGAAAAAUGCUGAGAACAAACAGAAGCCUUUAUGUGCCUACUCGUUGAAGUGCCUUGAAAACCUCUCCCAGCUGCUUAACACAUGAUUGCAAUUUUGUGUAAUAUUAUGAUGUAUCAUAUGAAGCAAAUAUUUUCUUAUUAAAGUGCCAACGGCCUGCA